AUGGCAACGAUGGAGCCCCCGCCCUUUCAGGAAGCCUCGCGCUGUGAUGUAUGCAAAUGCAGCUUCUCCGCCUUUCGCCGCCGGCAUCACUGCCGGUGCUGUGGCCGGACUUUAUGUGCUGAGCAUUCAUUGGAUCAAAUGGCCUUGCCGCAGUUUGGUAUUCACACAAAUGUUCGUGUUUGUGCUGAUUGCUUUAAUGAUGGCUCUAGAUCAAGGAAGGAUAGUGUGCCAGCUACUCCAAAUGAAAUUAAUGCUGUUGGAAAUUCAAUUUCGAGGCUGGAUAUCAGUACUGUUUCAGAUACCAAACUGGAAGCUGGCACUGCAAAAUCUUCUUUUCCAGUCAUUUUUGAGUGCAAGUGUGGGAUGCCUUUGUGCAUUUGUCAAGCACCUGAGCCUCCAAAUGUUUGUCCUCAACCACAGCUAGUAACCACUACCUCAAGUCCCCCACUUAACUCAAUCCCAAAACAAAAGAAGACAGAACCAACUCCUAGAAGUAGAGGUUCAUCGUCAAACUGUCGGCAAAGCACUCUUUUCAAUCCUGGUCAAGUUGGCAACAGUUCUGCGGAUACAUCUUUAAUAAGUUAUGAGGUCACUGGAGAGGGUUUAAGAGAAGCAAUAAAAAAUGGUGAUGCUCCUGCUGCUAAGAAGCUUUUGAGUCAGGGAGUUGAUGCAAAUUAUCGUGACAAGCAAGGCUCGUCUCUAUUACAUUUGGCAUCAGUUUUCAAUCAUACUGAGAUAGCAUUUGCCCUCAUAGACCAUGGAGCACGUCUUGACUGCAAGAAUUCACAAGGCGAAACACCACUAGACUGUGCUCCUGUUACGUUGCAGUACAGGAUAAAACAGAAGAUGGAAGAAGAUAAGCAGCAAUCACUUGCUCAUGAGUAA